UUAUAUUUUACAAAAAAUUCUUGUAACAAACUUUCUUACUGAUAUUUAUGUAAUAUACUUUGUCUUCGAGUUGUGCAGAAAAAUCAAUAUGCAAAAAUGAUCCGUGAAAAUGGGAUCCCACACAUAGAACUUAUGAAGCGCAUAUUUAGACGUCAAGGUAGUAAACCAGAAAUUAUGUACUCAACUCAUGUGCAAGAUGCAAAAUAUGCUGAACAAAGUGAGAAUGAGCAGUUGGACAAGUCUGUUCCAGAAACCCAAGAUAAUGAUGGAGACGAUUCAAAUAUCAUUCAUACAACUGACGUGCAUCACCACUCACAAACCAUUUCACUAGAAUCUCCUCCAAGGUCACCUAUUGUUCCAAAGCGGUCAAACACGUGUUGACGUAUCACUGAGCCGCGAGAAGAACAUCCCAGGAUGCGGUUGGAUACUGGGGUUGACAUGGACUGACAAGCUUGAGCAUAAUGGGCAUAUGUGAUAUAAACAUGAUUUUUACGUAUGCAUGGCUAGGUGCAUCUGGAUCUACGCAUGAUUCAUUGGUGUUGCAGUAUGUAAUAGAUGGAGACCCAAUAUUCCUUAAACCUCGUAUAGGUAAAUAUUAUCUUAUUGAUUUUGAAUAUGCCAAUAAACGAGGAUUUCUAACCCCAAACAGAGGAAGCACUAGAGAAAAUAUCAGAUACCAUCUUUUGGAAUUUGAUGAUGGUCCACCAAGGAACAAAAAAGAAUUGCCCAACAAAUGGUAUGUAUCACUUUUCUCAGUCACUGAAAGAACAUUUGGAAUUUGAAAAAAGAAAUGGAGAAUCCUUGACAAUUUGCCUCGCUACGACCAGAGCCGUGCCUACUGUAUUACAAAAGAGGCAAAUGCCUCAGGCCCCCACAAGAUUUAUCAAAUUCAAGGGCCCUCAUUUCCUAAAUAUAAUUAGCUUAAUUGGUCAACUUGGUUAAAUAGUCGUGACAUUGUUUCAGAGUUUAUGUUUUUUUGAGCCAUACUAAUUAACUUCCCUUGUUUUAACACAUUGCUAAUUAACUUCCCAUGAAUUUAGAAGAAUUAUUUGUUUAGAAUUUUUCAUUGUUUGUUUCUUUUCAUUGUUUUAUUUCUAUUUUAUAUUUUAGCUUUUGCGAUCAUUUCUAGUUUUAUAGUGUAACUAAUUGGUUUUCAUUCUAACUUCUUAGUGUGGAUAAAAUUAACUUAUUCAAAAAAAAUAUUCAAGAUAUAUUAUGUAAUCUGAAUAGCUAAUUUUUAAUAUUAAAUACUGAAUAAGUUUAUUAGCUUAUUAAACGUGUGCUUUCCAAAUAAAUAAAACUAUAUCUAAUUUUUUUCAUAACACUAAUAAAUACUCAUAUAUUGUACUUCCUCCGUUUCAUAAUAGAUGGUGUUUUAGAAGAUAUUUGUUGUUUCAAAAUAGAUGAAGUUUUGAUAUAUUUAUAUUAUUUUUAACUUUGCAGAAAUAUAGUUUUUUUAAUCUUUGUGCAAAGAGUCAAAACAUCAUGUAUUAUGAAACAGGUAGAGUAUUAAACUGUUCAUAUUUAUUCAUCUAUACAGUGAUUUGUAUAAAACUUAUCAUAAUUAUUUUCAUAUAUUAUACAAUAAUUGUGGUAAACAGUUUUUGUGUGUGUUAGCUUUGCCUUAGGCUCCGUAAUAGCUGAGCAAGGCACUGGCUACGACAUCAAGAACCAAAAUAAGAUUGUGCAUGCUACAAUGGUUCUUCACAAUUUUAUCAGGCUUCACAAAAUUCCAGAUGCUGAUUUUGAAGAUAGAUAUAAGUAUAACAGUGGUCAAGAGGAAUAAAGACGACGAGUUGAAGAAGAAGAAGAAAUAACAAUUGAUGGUCAAUACAUGAACAACAUAAGAUAUGAUUGCAAACAUGAUUUGGAAUGAACAUUUAUAUUUUUUUUGCUAUAAUUGGAUUUUUUAUUUAAAGUUCAUGUUAUUAUUAUUAUUAUUUUAUUUAAUUUAACUUAUUAUUGAUAUUAGAAUAAAUAUUAUUAGUAGUUAUUAUAAUAUUUAGAAAAAUAAUGUAUACUGAAAAUUAUUUUUUCAAACUUUUCCAUAUUUAAAUAAUUUCUAUUUUUAUUUAUUUCAAAAUAGCUCAAUGGUUUAUUUGUUCUUAAUAAAAAAAAAUUAUUUAUAUGUUUAUAUAUAUAUUCAAUUCUUUUAUUCAUAAUCCAUACUGCAACUUAUACAUCAAAAAUGUUACUAAUCAUAAAUUUUAAUAAAAUAAUAAUUUUUAUUUUUACUGUAAACUUACCACGUAAACUUACAAAUUUUACCACAUACUUUUUACUGCAAGUUACAUCAAAUUACGAAUCAUACUGUAAUUCAACUCUAAUAAUACAUGUCACAAGUCGGAGCCCUAAUCUUACAUUUGUCUACUAGGAUAAAUUUUGUAGUUUGUAUGAUCGUUUUGUUAUAUGAUUUAAGAGGAAAUGUAAUAACUAGUUGUAAAAAUAGGUUAACCAGCUCUAGAGUUGCUGAAAAUUUGAAUUAUGAAUCUGAAUAGCUUCGAUCGAACCAGAGAGGCGUGAGUUACGAACUGCGCUUAACCGUACUUCGUUAGUAACUGAAUUGUAUAUUUAAAAUACCAUGUAGUUAAACAUCUAAUGCCACCAUUAUACUUGAUGGGGACAUUGGAACUAAAGAACGAGGUCCUGAGUUUGUCCUAAAUGAUACUAUUAAACAAAAACUAUUAACGACCUUCAUAUUUUUAAAAUCCUGUCAAACUUAGGUAGCAAAAACAUAUUGUGGUGUUCUUUUUCUUCUUGUAACAAAACAUUAAAUUGUGGUUUAGUUCAUAAAGUUGUGAGAAAUGGUAGGCUUUUGACUCCAAGCUAGUGGCAUUAGGGAGUGACACAUGUUCAAAAUGACUUUUUAAUAUAGUCGUUAAGCUUUUUCGUCAAUGAUUUACAAUUUUAUUCAAAUCCGGGCCUAAUCAUAAACGCAGGUCCAAGGAGAACGAAAUAUCAUUUGAUCCGAUUGGAGCUUAUAGUCUUAUAAAACCAAAACUUGGACUGAGCUGACUGGUACUUUACAAGUUUUAAUGUAUGGUUUACGUACGUAUUUUAUGUAAAUGGCCAUGUGCAUACUUCUAUUUUUCCAUGUUCAUGCGUGGCGCCACUAUCAUCAUCCAUAGAUCGUGCAAAAGAGUGGUGGAGUAGAAUAAUUUCUUAAUAAAAUUAUAACUUUUAAUUAAUGCGAUAAAAAUGCAAGAUAUUGUAGUUUCGAAUUAAUUACACAAUAUCAUAUCCAUCAAAUCAUGAAAUUCAGAAUUUUUGGAAUCAUGCACGUGGACAGUAGUUUAGCGGAAAUCAAUUAGUCAAACAAUGAAAGCUUCAAUUUUCUUAUGAAGAAAAACAGAAACUUUUGAUGAAACUAAUUUUACAAAAUACUCCGUACGAAACAUAUUAAAUCACUAUAAUAAAUAGAUUGUUUUCUGUAAUUUUCAAUAUCUUUUAAUCAGUAGUAAUUUAAUAAAAUCAAUUGAUUUUCUAAAAAUUUACAAUUUUUACAUAAAAAACGCAAAAUAUAUGUUUUUGUAAAACAAUUUUUUUUUUAAAACAUUUAUCUUUUUAAAACGAAGAGAGUAUAUAAUAAUAUUUGUAGCUACAACUUUUACUGAUUGUUUUCAUGACUGUUUCGAGUGUAGAGCACCAUAUUUGUAGCAAUAUUAUGCAUAUAUAUUUAUGUAUAUGCUCAUUCAAAUGGUAAAAUGUCUUUGCGUGGAUAAGCAAAAAUAAAAUGAAACAACACAAGACUACGUGGAUUAUGAAUAAUACUUACGUGAAAGGUACCUUUGACUAUGAAAUUAAUUUUGCAGACUCCUUCAAACUAAUCUAGGUCACUUCGAUCACUUGAUAUAUUCCAUUAGUACUAAGUAAACCGAAUACAGGUGUGGUCACACUAUUACAAGCUAAGCUUAAUUGGUUAAAGUAAUUAAGUUUUAUAUUGGUUGGUUUAAUGAUUUAUGAUAGAAUCAUAGAGAGUGGCUGGUGCUGACAAUGUUAUUAAUGCUAAAUUAAUAUACUGGACCACAAAAAAAUGGACUGUUCGAUAAUCAACUGAAGUCUCUGUUCCACUCAAUAAAUGCGAGCAUCUCUUUCAUUCUAAAAUAUGUUUUUCUAAAAUAUGUUUUUCUAAAAUAUGUUUUAUUUAUCUUCACAUAUUUUUUACAUCCAAUGUUCGAGUAUAUCAUUUUAUCUUCACAUAUGUCUGCGCCUUAUAUUUAUAACGCAAAAAUCGAUCUCUUCACUUGUUAUAGUUAAAGUGUAACAAAUCUUUUACAUAUGUAACUGUCUAGGAAGUAGGAAUUGUAGCGGAGAUUGUAGGCUAUAGUCAUGUUUGCGUGUGCUCACGAUGACCACAAUGUACGAAUAACACUGAUGGCAUAUUCAUACAAAACUACGAAUAAUCAGUUAUUAGGAAAUUACUGAAAACAUAAGUAAGAACAUAUCAACCAUCGUUAUUAUUAUUUUUACAUCUAAAUAAGUGAUAUCAUGCGCUUAAAUGUGACUGACAAGUACGGCAUUAAUUAGUCCGACAACCUCUAACAGAUUAUAUAUAUGAUUAUCAGUAUGUUAAUUCAAAUACAUCAAAUGAGAAGAAAAAAAGUUGUACGUGUAAUCAUACAAGAAAAAAAUAAAACAAACAGAGCUUACUCCUCUUUCAAGGCUCAGACACGACAAGUAGUCCUAGUUAGGGGUGAUUAUUUUGGGAGUUGCGAAGAUUUUAUUAAAAACAUACUAUAGCUUACGGUAAUAAAUAGCUCUUGAUUUCUUCCAGUGUUUUAAAUAUCUCAUUUAAAUACAUUUUUGUCAAAUCUCAUACAUAUACAAUCACUUAACGUUGUUUGAUUAUCUUCCUGACUCGGCUACGAAUGGUGACUGCGGAUUGAGCAGUGUGGAACAAGCGGUUUAAUUACAGUGCAGUUUUAACAGUUAUAAAAAUAUAUAAAUACAUAAUAUUUUUUUUUUUUUUGACAGCAAGAACAUUUACAGACUCAUAUAGACUCCGUAAACCAUAGUGGCAACUCAUAUAAAUACAUAAUAUAUAUAGAGAUUUUUACUACUGUUAACUGCAAGGCGGAACAUGAAACUGGUUACCAUUCGAAGCCUCAAUGUAUAUAAUUUUAUUGUUUAACUUGCAUGGAACAGAAUCACAAAUAACUAAAAAUUCUGCUUUUCUGAGCAAGUAAAUUCGACCUGUUAACAUUCGAAAUCAAUGCAGAAACUAUUACAAGGACAUGAACAAGUUAUGAAAUGCAAGCUUGUUUGUCUGUUUCCCGGGAGAUCCUCGAGGCAUGACCUUAAAUUUCGUGUUCUUCGUCGUGUGUAGCCAUUAGAAUCAGUUAUAUUUUAAGAAAAAAACUACCAGCAUUUAUAUUUUCUUGUGUAUAUAGUGGACUUUUUUUAUAAAAGGCUUUGUAUAUGUUGGACUCAUAACAAUUAACCGUUGUUGGCUUGGUUGGAUUUUAUAUGAAUGUUUUAUUUAUGAAUUAUGAUACUAAUUAGAUUGGUCAAUAUGCCCUUUAUAUAUUAUUUUAAAUCUGAUUAUAUUUUGAUAUAGGUUUUUAAUACGUUUUUAAAAUUAUGGUUUUUGUACUACUUUGAACUAAAUUAUAUUCUAUAACACAUAAUAUAUCGUAUUUGAACCACUUACAGAUCGUGGUCAAUAAAACCACAAUCGAUCACUAAUAAAUUAAGAUCAAAUCUAACUCGCGUAUUCCAUGUUAAAGCCAAAAAGACGAUCACACCUGUUUUGAUUUAAGUUAAGUUUCAUCCAUAAACCAAUAAUGGGUAAGCAUGUGUGUUGAUUAAUAUAGAUAGUGUAAGUUUCCUUCUACUUAAUUUAGAAUUUAUAACUUCCACUCAAAAUUAUAGUACAAAGAGAAGGAACAACUUAAUUUUCUUUUGACAGAUAAAAUAUAAAAAGAGAGUGAUGCUAGGAACACAAUAUUCAACCGAAGGGUAAGUACCCACUUUUUUGUUUCUUUAUCUUGUCGUUGUCGUGUGGAAGAUUAUUGUAGCGUUCCAACUCCAACCGUCCACGACUAAUGGAUCAUCUACGUCCGUUCUCUCGAUCCGUGGAUUACUUUAUGUUUCAACGGUCAGUGCAUUAAUUUUUCAAGGCUCAAAAUCAUUGUUUACUGACCAUGCAAUCACCACAUGAUUUUUUUUCGUGCUUUAACUACACUCGCACAGUAUUGCAAAUCACUUCCCGAUAGGUCAGCAAUCAUUUCACUACUCCAGUCCAAACACGCUUAACUCUGGAGUUAUAAAUGGAUGUGUGACGGAAAAGGUAAAUCAACUUUGGUGACAUAGGUAGCAAAAUCAAUCAUCUUAAGUGUUUCUAUGUAUCACAACUCGGAAUGUUAUAAUUCAUCUCCUCUCAAAGAACGCAACGUCAUCGUUGCACCCCACGACAGGUUUCAAGACGCCUCUCGUAUCAGAACCGAGAUGGCUAACCAGCUCUGAUACUACUUGUAACACCCCGACCAUCCACGGUUAAUGGGCCAUCCAUGCCCGCUCUCUCGGCAUGUAGACUCCAUCUGUUCCAACGGUCGGUGCGUUAAUUUUCUAAGGCUCGAAAUCAUUGUUUACUGACUUUACAAUCACCAUAUGACAUUUUUUCGUGUUUCGGUUUCAUUUGCACGGUAUCGUGAAUCACUUUCUAAUAAGUCAUCCAUCUAUUUAGUAUUCUAACCCAAACACGUUUAACUCUGAAGUUUUAAACGGAUGUACGACGGAAAAGGUAAAUCAAUUUUAAUGAUAUAGAUAAUCAAAUCAAUCGUCCUCUUAAUUUUUUUAAUAUACCACAACUCUGAAUGUUACAGUUAUUGUCGAACAUGAACCAAGUUACACAACCGAUGAUUUAAAGUUGGCGAGUUGAGCUAAUUCCCAAAGUUUAAAGCCACUGGAAAAACAACACUCCUACCAUUUUUUCUUUACCACUUAUUUAAAAAAAAUUAUUAAAAAAAUCCUCGUAAAUUUAUGUAUUCUAUGAUAAUAUACAGUGUAUUUAAGUGUCCAUAAAGAGAUUCCGAGACCGUCCUCUCUCUCGACUCAAAUCUCAAUUCAACCAUAGCAAUAGUAACUUUCAAAUAAAAAUACUAUUUAAUUUUUUUUUAUUAUUCUUCCCGUAUAUGGAAGGUUCAAGAUAAAUGUUAUGAGGCUUUGUUGUCUUCUUCCUUCCCGAACUGAACCAUUGGCAUGUAACAAUCACCAACUCAUAAGUCAAACCCUAUAAUUCCAUUCUGCUUUUUUUCUUGUCUACAAAUAAUGGCUGCUGUAGAAAACAGAACGGUGCCGGAAAAUCUAAAGAAGCACCUCGCUGUUUCAGUUCGAAACAUUCAAUGGAGUUACGGAAUCUUUUGGUCUGUCUCUGCUUCUCAACCAGGACUGUUGGAAUGGGGAGAUGGAUACUACAAUGGAGACAUUAAGACGAGGAAGACGGUUCAAGCAUCGCAAGUCAAAGCUGACCAAUUGGGUCUUGAGAGAAGUGAGCAGCUUAGAGAGCUUUACGAAUCUCUCUCCCUCGCGGAAUCUUCAACCUCCUGUGGUUCUCAGGUCACUAGACGGGCUUCCGCCGCCUCUCUCUCUCCGGAAGAUCUCACCGACACUGAGUGGUUUUACUUAGUAUGCAUGUCUUUCGUCUUCAACAUUGGUGAAGGAAUUCCCGGGGGAGCGUUGGCGAACGGGCAACCAAUAUGGCUAUGUAACGCUCAUACCGCCGAUAGCAAAGUCUUCACUCGCUCUCUUCUCGCAAAAAGUGCUUCGCUUUUGACAGUGGUUUGCUUUCCAUUUUUUGGUGGAGUUCUUGAAAUCGGCACGACCGAACAUGUUGCAGAGAACUUAAACGUGAUACAAUGCGUGAAGACAUUGUUCCUUGAAGCUCCUCAUGGAACUUUAUCAGCGAGAUCCGAUUAUCAAGAAAUUUUCGAACCUUUAAGCAACGAUAAAUACAUCCCAGUGUUCGGAACUGAAGCUUUUCCGACAACUUCUACAAGCGUGUAUGAGCAAGAACCAGAUGAUCAUGAUUCGUUCAUCAACGGUGGUGGUGCAUCUCAGGUACAAAGCUGGCAGUUUGUGGGUGAAGAACUCAGUAACUGCCUUCACCAACCGCUUAAUUCCAGCGACUGCGUUUCUCAGACGUUUGUUGGAGCAACUGGGAGAGUUUCUUGCGGCCCAAGAAAGAGUAAGAGUCAAAGGUUAGGUCAGAUUCAAGAACAGAGUAACCGUGUAAACAUGGACGAUGAUGUUCAUUACCAAGGCGUGAUCUCGACGAUUUUCAAAACAACACAUCAGCUAAUUCUUGGACCGCAGUUUCAUAACUUCGACAAGCGGUCGAGUUUCACGCGGUGGAGGAGGUCAUCAUCGUCUGCAAAAUCGUUAGGAGAGAAGUCACAAAACAUGUUAAAGAAAAUUGUUUUUGAGGUUCCUCGGAUGCACCAAAAGGACACACCCGAAGAUAGCGGUUAUAAGGUUGGAGAUGAAACCGCGAACCACGCCUUGUCCGAGAGGAAACGCCGUGAGAAACUGAAUGAUCGGUUCAUGACGUUGAGAUCAAUGAUUCCUUCGAUUAGUAAGAUCGAUAAAGUGUCGAUUCUUGAUGAUACGAUUGAGUAUCUUCAAGAACUGCAAAGACGGGUUCAAGAAUUGGAAUCUUGCAGAGAAUCUACCGAUACAGAAAUGCGAAUGGCUAUGAAGAGGAAGAAACCGGAUGGUGAAGAUGAAAGCGCCUCGGCUAAUUGUUUGAACAACAAGAGGAAGGAGAGUGAUAUAGGAGAAGAUGAACCGGCUGAUACCGGUUAUGCUGGUCUAACCGAUAAUUUGAGGAUCGGUUCGUUUGGCAAUGAGGUGGUUAUUGAGCUUAGGUGUGCUUGGAGAGAAGGGAUAUUGCUUGAGAUAAUGGAUGUUAUUAGUGACCUCAAUUUGGAUUCUCACUCGGUACAGUCCUCAACCGGGGAUGGGUUAUUGUGUUUAACUGUCAAUUGCAAGCAUAAAGGGACAAAAAUAGCCACAACAGGAAUGAUUCAAGAUGCACUUCAACGAGUUGCAUGGAUAUGUUAAAGGUCACUCGGUUUAGACUGAUAGAAUUAGCUUUUAUUCCGGUUUAAUUUUCUGAUCUUUGGUACUCAGUUCAAAACGGAUUUUUUUUUUGAGAUUUUGAAAAUUUUGGAAGAUCCUUUGGAAAUCUUGUAAAAUAGAAUUCCUUUUGGUUCAUAACGUAGUCGUAGACUAAUAUGAGUUCCUUAGUUGACA